CACAAAGAGGAGCGGGGAGGAAGAAGGGGCUCAGCGGCUCAGACAGAAGCUGAUUAGAGCAGUCAGCAGAGACAGGUGGCGUGCGGUCCUCUCUGAACCGGAGAAACAGAACAAACCAUGAAGAACGAAGGUAUAGAGGGGACGGAGAGGUUCCUGAGCCCGGACAAAGGAAGCGGCCUGCGGGCGCUGAGGCACUUCUCGGUGGGGGAGCUGGUGUUCGCCUGCCCUGCCUACUCCUACGUGCUGACAGUGAAUGAGAGGGGAGCCCACUGUGAGCACUGCUUCACCAGGAGAGAAGACCUUUUUAAGUGCGGUAAAUGUAAGCAGGCCUACUACUGCGAUGUCGACUGUCAAAGGGGUGACUGGCCCAUGCACAAGCUCGAGUGUGUAGCUAUGUGUGCCUAUGGGGAGAACUGGUGUCCAUCAGAGACGGUCCGACUGGUGGCCAGAAUCAUCAUGAAACAGAGAGUCACGACAGAGCGCACCCCUUCAGAACGGCUGCUCCUGCUUAAAGAGUUUGAAUCCCAUCUGGAUAAGAUGGACAGUGAGAAGGAUGAGAUGAACCAGACGGACAUAGCAGCGCUGCAUCACUUCUACUCCAGACACAUCAGUGACCUCCCUGACGAGCAGGCUCUCACUGAGCUCUUUGCACAGGUUAACUGUAAUGGCUUCACCAUAGAGGACGAGGAGCUUUCCCAUCUGGGAUCAGCGGUUUUUCCCGAUGUAGCACUGAUGAAUCACAGCUGCAGUCCUAAUGUCAUAGUGACGUAUAAAGGCACCGUGGCAGAGGUCAGAGCUGUUCAGGAGAUAAACCCAGGAGAGGAGAUAUUUAACAGUUACAUCGACCUGCUCUACCCUACAGAGGACAGAAGAGAGCGGUUAUUAGAUUCCUACUUCUUCACAUGCCAGUGUACCGAGUGUACCACCAAGUCUAAGGACAAGGCAAAAAUGGAGAUUAGGAAGCUGAGUUCUCCACCAGAGCCAGAGGAGGUCCGGUCCAUGGUCCGUUACGCCAAGAAUGUCAUCGAAGAGUUCAGGAGAGCCAAACACUACAAAACGCCCAGUGAGCUGCUGGAGAUGUGUGAGCUCAGCCAGGAGAAGAUGGGAGCUAUAUUUGCAGACACCAACGUCUAUAUGCUGCACAUGAUGUAUCAGGCCAUGGGCGUCUGUCUCUACAUGCAGGACUGGGACGGUGCUAUGAGCUAUGGGGAGAAAAUCAUUCAACCAUAUAGUGUUCACUAUCCAGCCUACUCUCUCAAUGUGGCGUCUAUGUAUCUGAAACUGGGACGUCUGUAUUUGGGACUUGAGAAGAAGACGCAAGGAGUCAAAGCUCUGAAGAAGGCUCUGGCCAUCAUGGAGGUGGCUCAUGGAAAAGAUCACCAUUAUGUAGCGGAGGUCAAACGAGAAAUUGAGGAGCAGAAGUGAAGAAAGUGGAGCUGAAGGAGCAAAAAUAUUAAGGAGUGAGGAACCUCCCCAACAGCAGCAACAACUAAACACACAUGACAAAUGCAUGGCAUGCAUCUUAUACCUCUCGGUCGUUUAUUUUUUAACAUCUUCGUUCCUACUCUUUUUAUUUUCCUGCCUGUGUUGAGGCAGAUUUCUUUCUACAUGUCAAUAUAUUCUGGCUGAGGAUGACCACAUUUUGUACAUCUGCAGCAACCUGCUUUCUGUUGGACCGGAAACUUUAAAUCUGACAGACUCACAUUUCUUGGGAUGGACAAGCAUCUAAAACAUUUCUCUUCUAACCUUGACUCAAACUGUUAUUUUGAAACGUUGGUUUCUCUGUGCUGAGGCUCAGAAAAUCCUGCAAUUAAACAAAGGACUUGGGAGGUACAAAAUUUCAGACGUGGCGAAACAAACCUUUCAUGCGAUAUCUUCAUUUUCUGAAGUUAGAUUUUUGCCCAGUUUUCUCUCUAAGUGAGUCUCAAAUCUUUUGCUGUGUUUUCUGGACCCAUCAACACGUGACUGUUGCAUCAUAAAUGCCUGUGGCAGCAGUUUGGAUUGACUGCACUUUGUUGCUCCGGGGCAGUUGCUCAUCAUUUGAAAUCUUGUACAAACUGCUGAGCGGUUGUUACUGAGGGCAUUGCGACUUAUUCACAGCCAUUUGAAUUCUGUCACGUAAUCAGCAGCAUUGUUACUGGCUUCAUUAAUUCUUUUUUAAACUGUGAAGAAAAAUAUUGACCAUGCAUCAGGUACUCUGUAGCAACAGAGAAGAGAAUGCAAAGAACUAUUCCUGAAUGAAUAAUGAAUAUUUUCAGCGGCUUGUCUUACAGCGUGUUCUGCUUGUUUAAAAAGAACCAGAAAGUGUUGCAUGUCAGACUGUUCAUAUUUGUAUUUGUGUUCUGUUUAGUGUUUUCCACAUUAAGCUUGUUGACCAAAUGGGCCACGGGUUUAACAGACGAGGAACAAGCUAUUCUUCUAUUCAUUGGCGCUAUGACCUGACCAAUGAUUCUGGAUCAGAGCCCCUUUGCUCUCAGGAAUAGGAGGGGCAACACUGUAGCUUUGUUUCCAUUAGUCCAGAGAUGCUUGUUGGUUUCUCAGAAGCAUCAUAAUCCCUAAGAAUCAAGUCACCAUAUCGGCUGGGGACACUAUAACUUGGUAUAGUUAGUUUUAUAGGAUAGAGGUUUGCAUCUUCAACAUAUAUGUUUACAUAUUUUCAUUAUAGUCAACAAGUCACUCCUCAUCUAAAUGCGCAUAGAUAAUUUAAAUCAACAAUUUAAGAACAACUUUUAAGGAGGUUUUUGUUUUUUUUUUGUUUUUGUUUUUUUUUAACAUCUGUGUGGUUGUUUGUAAAGAGACAAUCCUCUAUCAGCAGCAAGGUUGGUCAUAAGUACUGGAGGUAUUGCUUGUGGCUAAUGGUGUCAGCUGACCGCGACCCUGACCCCAAAAUCACAAGAUGGUGCUGGAGAAGUUGCAGGUUAUAAAUUGAAGUCAUGCAUAACAACCAGGCCACUGGACUUACUGUCUCUUGCUGUUGUUGUAAAAAAAAUAAAAAUAAUAAGCAUGAAGUCUCUGUGGGAGGCUUUAAAAAGCUGAGUUAAUGCAAAGAUCAUCACCUGGGCCUUAUUUAAAGGUUCCUGUUGCACUCAAAUUCUGUACCUUUUUUUUUUUGUGACAAAGUGAUGUCAAAUUUAAACCUGUAAGCACAUCUUGUUUGAUUUGUUUCUUAAAACGGACAGUUGGGCUGAGUGCAGUCUUCACUUUGUACUGCCAGAUGAACUAAAGUCACAGAAACCAUUUCUUGAUGCUUUUUAAUGGCUAUAGUCUCUGUGUAUUGUUUACUGUAGAAGCAGGUUCAUGUACCACAUGCAUGUGGUUUACUGUUAGAUCGAUGAGUUGUGGUCAUAUUUGUAGCAACUCCUGUAUGCGUGACUCUUUCUGUCACCUGCAAACAUGCAUCUAAAAGGUGCCUGCCUUACAACUUUGUCUAGGUAAUCCAAAAGCACUAUUUGAGCAACUCUUCCAUAUCUUCUUCUUCUUCUUUUAUUUAUUGAUUUUUUUCCAGUGUUUCUACAAAAGUAAAAAAAAAACAAUGCAAUGAGGAUGGAGGCUGUCCCGGACAAGCCAGAAACCCCCUUAACAUUAUCUUGGCCAGAUUUCAGCAGUGCAUUUAUUUCUGGCCAGAAAUGUGAGAUAUGCAUUUAUAUUUUAUUUCUGUGAUAUUCAUUAUACAUCCUUGGUAGUAAAUUGAAAACAUUGGAAUCCAUACUCAUGCUGCAUGUGAACCAGGUUGAAAGAUCACCUACAGUUUCUGUAAUGAACUUGUAAUCGGGCAUGAAGGGUAUUUUGUUGGAAUGCAUAACUAAAAUCUGAACCUCUUGUUCUUUCUGUACCAUGUCAGUGCAAUUCAAUAAAUGGCAGUAUGACCCCUG